GGCGGUGUGCCUCCUCCGGGCGGUCCUCCGGCAGGCGGCGGUGGGAGACCAGAGGUGAAAGUUCGUAGCUGGGUAACCGUGCAGGUGGAAAAGCCUCGACCUGAGAGGGUGAAACAUGAGUGAACAUGAAGACUUCCCCGCGUAUCUACAAGACAGCAAGGCUGCAUACGUGCUCAGCAACGUCGCCGAAGUGGUUGAGCGGAUUUUGACUUUCGUACCGACCAAGUCGCUUCUCCGGAUCGCAAGUGUGUGCAGACUGUGGAGGAACUGUGCACGCAGAGUGCUGAGGACACAGCAGCAGCUGGCCUGGGUGUCAGCCUCUGGACCGUCCAACACAGAGGUCCAUGCUCUCUGCAGCAUCCUGGCCGAGGAGGUGGAGAAAGUGUUUCUCCUGCCCAAAACAGUUCUGGCAAUGGUAGACUGUGAGGCCUUCAAUGGACAAGCUUAUUGCUACAGACAGAAUAAAGCAAAAAAGAGUCGCCACAGUCCAGACACAGUUGAAGAACUGAACCUGCUCUUCCCCAAAGGCUGUGACAUCAUGGGCAUCGCUUCACCAGGCAUCGUCUUGACUCCCAGUGGCUCCUGCUCCAGCCCUCCUCAGGAGUACCAGGAGGGAGAGGCUGGCUUUGCGGUCAUGUUCCCCAGCAUGGAAGGCGUCAACAUCAAGCCCUUUCAUUUUUGCAAGAAAUCCAUCUCCCCAACAGCUCUGAAAGAAGCAGGACUAGUUGAAAACCCAGACCUGCGUGUGGUACUGAUAUUUGUUUACGAGGCAUAUAAAUCUGGAGGAGCACGUUUCCUCAGCCAGAUACUGGAGCCGCUGGCCAAGAGCAAAGCUCUUAUUGCUGGAGGACUCAUAGAAAGUGUCUUCUCUCCCACCAGACACUGUUGUAGCCAGGGUGCAUAUGGUGUGGUGGGCCUGGCCCUGAGUGGCCCUAAAGUGCAGGGGGCAUCUGUGCUCUUGGACCAAGACAUCAGUAACCCAAAAGAGGCUGAAGCCACAAUCAGGCGGCUAAAGGCAGCCAAAAUUCCUGAGAGGAACACCCUAGGCUUCAUGUUCGCCUGCGUGGGGAGAGGCCAGAACUACUACAACAACCAGACCAAUGUAGAGGCCGACGCCUUUCACAAGGUGUUCCCCAACACCCCGCUCUUCGGGCUGUUUGGAAACGGCGAGAUUGGCUGUGACCGAAUCAUCAAAGAUGACUACACACUGUGCGACACUGACACGGACAGUCUGCAGCACGAGUACACUACAGUCAUGACCCUGGUCCAUCUUGGCUGACUGACUGACUCAGCCUCAGUGACAAUGGACAAACAAGACGACCCAUCAUGCUCCUGUUUGCAACAGCAGUCGGGAGCAAGAAACAUUCUGUACAGUGUUAACCUACGUUACAACUCAGAACAUCGCUGUCACCAUUUCUGCUCAUACAGCAGGAUAAUGAUCCCGUGAGCCAUCAAUGUAAUGGCAUCAUUUGGGAAAUUGUGUCCCUCGGAGACUGUGUGUGUAAACACAGCGUCAUUAAAGCUAAUGCUGUUUCACAAAGUUCCAAUAUAAAAGGACAAACCGAUCAUCUCUUUUUACGUGCAAAUGUGAUAGCACUCUUGUAAAGUAUAUGUUUAUAUUUUCCCCAAAUUUCGCACAGUUUCAAGGCAUAUCCUACCCUCUGACAUCAACAUCAGUCUGUUUGCUUUUGCAGGUAAGUAAAUUAUAGAAACUUGUGUUCCCCCACAAACUAUUGUUAUAGUUUUUGAUACAGCGCAGGCACUUUUUAUUCAUGUAAGAGGAGUGAGCUUCCGCAAAAUCAAGGUGAGCUUGAUUUGAAUGCUCUUCUUUGUCAUGGAGGUUUUUACAUUUAAUGGUUUUUACACGUUCGUCUGGAAAAGAAAAUAAUAAACCCUGUUAGCCUACAAGUGAAUACUCCACGUACCAUGGUUCAGUUAGGCACGGGAAAAUUAGUCCAAACCUUACAGUGCCUCUUUUUUCUUUUUCUUUUUUGUCCAUGUCAUAUCUCCAUAUUUCUAACUGUUAAUAGUUAGGUGUAAUGGUUACUUCAUCUCCCGGGCUUCUGCUGCUUAAAAGAAAGAUUCAUCCUAAAACAGAAGACUUGUUAUUGUUGCUCUCCGUUGUUCUGCAAUGAUCUACCUUUUGAAAAAGAGUGGUUGGAAUUAGAAGAUACUGUACUUGUAGGAACCUUUUGGAGAUGAUGAUGAUGAUGAUAUGGUAUCCUUUGCAUAACUAAUGCUAAAUGCGCUUGAAAUGUUGAUAGUAUAGUCUGAGACUAACUACCUAGUUGCUUGUUUAAAAAAAAAAACAGCUGAAUAUAAGAAAUAAUAGAAUAUUGCUCUCUGUCAAAAUCCAUGAAUGCUUCUAGUUGGCUUUGUCAUUGAUUGUCAGCUUUUUCCUCAUGAAGAAGAAUAUCCCGAUGACACAAAGCUGCAGUUUUCAGUAUAUAUACUGUACAUUUGUUGGUCAUUAGAUGUUGUGAUAUGUUGAUAAGUUCAGCUUUUCUACCCGUGCUGCAACAACGAUUGUUGCAAGAAUUGAUGUUUUCAAGAAAAUUCCAAUAUUUGACUCCCUUUGUAUCAUAACACACAUCUGCCAUUAUAGUGUAAGUGUAGCCUAUUUUUAAGCCAGAGUUAAUGGCUCAUUGAAGUUGUUUUCUUGUUAAUGCACUUUUCUACAUGUGCCAAAUCAUGUCUCUUCUGCUAUUUCCCCCUCAAUAAAUAACAAACAUUCA